CAUACAUAAGAGCUUUAAACGGUCGGGCCGUCCAAGUUGGCACAGCCUCACCAGACGAUUUGCCGUCGAUGUUCUUUCCCGCCGAGGCGGCUUCAUCUCGAAUGUUGGGGGCGAGCAACGUGACUGAGGGCCCCCCCGGGUCCAAUUUGGUCCUUCAGCCGGCCUGGGACUACCUCCGCCAGAACCACCACGACCUCCUGAGGAGCCCAUUGUUCCCUGUGGUGCUCUCUGUCUCCACUUACUUCUUUUUGGUGGGUGUCUACACCGCGCUGGACUUACUGGCACCCGUCUGGCCCGGCCUCAACCGUUACCGGCUGCACCCGGACAGACCCGUCACCUGGCCGGGGAUUGGGACAACGCUGGGAGUCACCAUCUCCAACCACCUGCUCUACAUCUUCCCUGCCGCUGUGGGCCAGUGGCUGUGGAGGCCGCCCACGCCUCUGCCUCACCAGGCACCCACCCUCUGGGAAUUCUCCCUGGGGAUCCUGGGCUGCAUGAUGGUCUUCGACUUCCAGUAUUAUCUCUGGCACCUGCUGCACCAUCGCAUUCCCUGGCUGUACCGCACCUUCCACGCGGUGCACCAUGAGUACCGGCGCCCGUUCAGCCUGGUCACACAGUACCUGUCUGGAUGGGAGCUGGUCAGUGUGGGCUUCUGGGUCACGGUGGACCCGGUUCUGCUGCGGUGUCACUGCCUCACCACGUGGGGCUUCAUGGUCUUCAACGUCUACGUAUCUACCGAGGAUCACUGCGGCUACGACUUUCCGUGGUCCAUGCACAACUUGGUACCCUUUGGCUUAUGGGGGGGCGCCCCUAAGCAUGAUGCCCACCACCGAUGGCCCGCCACCAACUUUGCCCCUUUCUUCUCGCACUGGGACGAGCUUUUGGGUACCCACAUGGUGCCGCCUACCAGCGAACACAGCUGCGACAGCGAUGCAAAGGAUUAACUUUUGUACACCUUCAAGAUCCAGAAGGAUCCCUUUCCUGUCUGCCUUUCGACUUUUUGUCCGUUGUUCGGCUCCUUCAUCGCAAUUCUUUGUGCUCACCUUCCAGUAGACUCAAUGGAAGAAGAACGAGAAAACUACAGUCCUGUUUUGAUCCUGCAUUUUCCACGUUUGUUGGUUAUGUGGACAGCAAAUACUGUAUUGUUAUGCAGUGCAGUACUAUCGAGUGCAAAACCCUGUGGAAAAAAUAUUUUUACGGCGUUACGUCUGGCACCAAUUGUAUUGUCAUUCAUUUCAGUGGGGGAAGCUGAUUUGACUGUUUUGUGGUGACAAAAUUAAACUGCUUACACUUUAUGGCUUUCUGAUAAGUGCGCCAUUGUGGACCGUAAUGGACUGUUUACAACUACUCCACUGCUCUGUUUUUACGAUGGUGAUCUCUCAGGUCUGUUUCCAUAAAUGGGAAAAAAAAAAUCAAAAUAAAACCAAUAAGUGCACUUA